AAAGUAAAGCUAAAUUCAAUGAAGCUGAUUUGUAUUUUGCUGAUAAUAUAGAAACAAAUAUAUUUAAAAAAAUUCCAACUUUUAAUAAACAAUUAUGUUCAAAAAAAAGUAUUAAUUUGAUGAAUUUUGAAGCUAAAACUAAUCUAACUGAUUUAAAAGAAAAUUUAUAUUCCUUAGCUAAAGAGCAAAAUUUUGCUAAUUGGAAAGAUAUUAAAAA